AUGGAGAAGAUAGAGGCAGAAUGCGCUGGGGGAAAAGAAUAUUUGGAGAGGGAUGGAUUGGCCUCGAAGUGGGCUACCUUCUCAUUCGGUGCAGCGCGCUAUGGCAACUACACUUCGAAUCCGGUGGAAUCGCACCAUGCCUCUAUGCGCAAGGUUAGAAGGGACAAUCCCGCGCAAGUGCUGCUUUCAUUCAUAAAGCAGCAAGCGACGGCAAUGGAAGAGGGGCGUGCGCUGUAUGGAAGUUUGGGGGUUGCUGAUUUCCCCCCCAAAACAGCAGCCAUCAUCCGAGCUAACUGCCAGACGUGGACACAGUACAAAGUGGAGCGUAUUGGGCGGGGUUCGUAUCAUGUGAGCCGCAGGAUAGGGGCUACGGAGGAGCGUGUGGUGAAGAUGGAUGAGGCGCACCCUGAGAAGACGGUGUGCACGUGUAAAUACAUUAGAAGUCACCACCGAGGAGUACUGUGCGAGGCUCUUAGGCAACAGAGGGAACGCGAGAGCAGACAGGCAGAUGGGGCAAUGGACAGUAGCACACCACAAGAGGGUGUUGGUGAGGAUGGAGAUGCUGAAUUAUUGGAUGAGGAGUGGGGCAGCGGUUCGGAUUCAGAGGAUGAUUUGGAGGAACAACCAGUGGUCAAAGGUGCUCAAGCUGGUGCUCAAGGUGCUGUCCAGGGUCGUGUGCACACCGUUCUGCGUGAAGUAUUUGGAGGGAUGGGAGGAGGAGGUGAGAAUGGGGGAUGCGGAGAGAUGGGAGGUGCAGGUGAGAAUGGGGGAGGCGGAGGGAUGGGAGGAGGAGGUGAGAAUGGGGGAGGCGGAGGGAUGGGAGGAGGAGGUGAGAAUGGGGGAAUGGGAGGAGAUGCAAGAGCAGGAGGGAGGGGAGUAGUGCGAGAUGAAGGAGGAAUGGCUGAUGUUAGAGGAGUGGCUGAGAGAGGGGAAACGACUGGAAUGGGAAGAGGAACAGGGAGGGGAGGACAUACGGGGAGGGGAGGGCAUACAGGGAGGGGAGGACAUGCAGGGAGGGGAGGACAUGCAGGGAGGGGAGGAGUGGCAGGGAGAGGAGGAGCAGCAGAGAGUGGGGGAGUAGGAGGGUGGGGUGGAGCAGGUGAAAACGCAGGAGUCGGAGGGAGGGGAGGAGUAGCAGAGAUUGGGAGAGGCGGAUGGAGGGGUGGACCAGCAGAAACAAGGGGAAGGGCAGGGAGAGGAAGAGGACAAGCGGAGAGGCGUGGAUUCCGGGCGAGGCAAGGAGCAGACAGGAGUGGAGUGGAGACGGCUGAGAGACAGCCAACAGUGAGUGUAGGAGUGGGACCAAGGGGAGGGGUGGGGGGUGAGAGAGGACCAGCAGUGAGCGGUGGAGUGGGGCUGAGAGGAGGAGCCACAGAGAGUGGAGGGGUGGGGGGUGAGAGAGGACCAGCAGUGAGCGGUGGAGUGGGGCUGAGAGGAGGAGCCACAGAGAGUGGAGGGGUGGGGGGUGAGAGAGGACCAGCAGUGAGCGGUGGAGUGGGGCUGAGAGGAGGAGCCACAGAGAGUGGAGGGGUGGGGGGUGAGAGAGGACCAGCAGUGAGCGGUGGAGUGGGGCUGAGAGGAGGAGCCACAGAGAGUGGAGGGGUGGGGGGUGAGAGAGGACCAGCAGUGAGCGGUGGAGUGGGGCUGAGAGGAGGAGCCACAGAGAUUGGAGGGGUGGGUGGAGGUGUAGGAGAUCAUAACAAUGGUGAUAACGUCAUUCGUUUUCGGUUGCGGCGAAUGCAGCACCUGCGUCAGCAGAGACAGGUGGCAUCCGAGUCAGGUCGUGGGGAUCAACGGCCAGCAACAGUGGAUGCUGAAGCAAGCGGGGAGGAGAGAGAGGAAACAGGGAGUGUGGAGCCAAGGGGAGGGGCCAGGCAGGUUGUACAGGCCCCGUCUGGAAAGGUUGACUUUCCCAACAUUAAAGAGAUGGAGGCCUCGUAUUUGCAUGCGUAA